AUGUCUAACGAUCAAUCCCUCAUGGAUCGCAUUGAGUUCCCUGAGAUCCCCGAGGCGGCGAUGAAGAAGAUCGCUGUUCUCGAGGAGCAGUUCUCCCGUGCUGAGGUUGAGCAGUUGCGUCACACUGCCAAGCUGAUGGCCCCUCUCAUCCAGAAGCGCAGCGAGAUCAUCAACAUGCCCGAGGUUCAGGCUGAGUUCUGGAUGCGCGUGUUCGCCAGCGCUCCCCCCGAGAUCGACGAGUACAUUCUGCCUGGCGAUGCUGCCGUCCUCGGUGAGAGUCUCAAGAACAUGACCGUUGAGCGUUUCGAGCUCGAUGCUGAAGGCAACGGCGAGCCCCGCAGCUUGCGUUUCACCUUCGAGUUCAAGACCGGCGAGGAGAACCCCUUCUUCACCAACGAGAAGCUCGUCAAGGAGUUCUACUGGCGCCAGGAGAUCUCCAAGAGCUCCUCCGGCCGUACCCGCACCUGGGAGGGUCUCGUCUCUGACCCCGUGCGCAUCAACUGGAAGAAGGAUAUGGAUUUGACCAAGGGUCUGCUCGAUGCUGCUUGCGACCUCGCUGAGGCCGAGAAGAAGAAGGGCGGUGACCGCAAGAAGCUGCCCGAGUACGCUGCUCUUGUCAAGAAGGUCGAGGAGGUCGAGGCCGAGGCUGCCAACAACGAGGAGGACGACGACGACGAGGAGAUGCCCAGUCCCGUUGGUGUCAGCUUCUUCGGUUUCUUCGGUUACCGUGGCCGUGACAUCUCCGCUGCUAAGUCCCAGGAGUCUGCCAAGGAGAUCGAGGCUCGCUGGGCCAAGGUCCAGAACGGCGAGGACAUCAACGAGGCCGGUGACUCUGACGAUGAGGACGAUGAUGAGGGUGAUUCAUUGGAGGAUGCUGAGAUCUUCCCCGACGGUGAUGACCUUGCCGUUGCCAUUGCCGAGGACCUCUGGCCCGAUGCGCUCAACUACUACGUUCAAUCCUACCAGGCCGGUGCCGAGCUCGAAGACAUGGAUCUCGAGAUGGAUGAGUUGGACGAUGAAGAUGAAGAUGAAGAAAGUGAGUCGCGCCCGCGCAAGAAGGCUCGCAACUAA